CAAUCAUAUUUUUUGCAAAAAAAAUUUUUAACAAGUGAAAAUAAAAACCAAUUGCAAAGAAAUCGGAGAAAGCGUUUAUAAAAUAUUUUAAGAUUUUUACGCAAGCUUAAAAACAAAAGUAAAAAUAUUAUCAACGACAAAGUUCUCAAACCCAACGUUUUUCCGGUAAAAUCAUAUUUCACGAAAGAAGACGUAAAUGCAUUAAGUGAACAAACAUAUGUGUGCUGUAAAAAAAAGAAAAACAUUCAACACAAAGCCAUAAACAAACAUUGAAAGCAUUUAUUAUAUGUUUCUUUUUCGCAAGCAGCGGCAAAGGAAGAAGAAAUAUAUUAUCAGUUAGAGAGAGAACUCUUUGGUUGCAUAGACUAAUGGGUGAUAUAUUUAAUGUGACAUUUUGCAUUGUGACAGUUAUCCGAGUGGAAUUGGCGCAAAUAAUCGGAACAAUUGUAAACUGCAAAGUUUAAUAAGAAUAAAAUUGCAGAAAUCACUAAAAUUAAGUUCCUUUGAUAGUUCCACUUUUUAAAAAAUCAUAAAAAAACAAAUCUUAAAAAAAGAUUGAAAAUAAGUCAAAAGGGGCAUAAUAUUCUACGGCAAGUCAAAAAGGAUCAUUUUUCAAGCAUGCCGAAACUCGCCGAAAGGCGUUAAGGAACAAAAUGUUGCCCACAAACAAUAAGAUAUGUAUUCCACAAGAGUGAUUUCAAAAGCAGAAACGCAAGUCAUAAACCACUUAUCAAAAGAAAUGAAUAAACAGCGAUUCACCGAGGAAAACCAGUCAAAAGUGUUGUCAUUUCGAACGAACGUGCUAGUCGGUGACAACCUCUUUAACCUCUUUAGUUCAAAUGGCAAACCAUAUGUACGGAGAAGGUCCAAAAAAGUGCUUCUUGCCAAUUAUUUGAAGCUAACAGUGGUGUAGAACUCAUUUUUUGUAUCUGGACAUUUUAUUGAGUGCAUUAUCGAUCAGCACAUGUAUCUGAAUAUUUGCAAGGAAAACAGAGUCCAAAUGUAAACCCUAUUAAAAAUUUAUGCAGCUAUCUCAAUAGGAAAACUCUCCAGCACGCUAUAAGUUUCAAGGACGAUUUCAAGAAACUCUUCAGAAAAAUUGAACCAAAUUUUUGCAGAAAACUUGUUUAAAGUAUCGCAAAUGUACUAAAAAUGGUGGUAAAAAACGAAGGCCGCAUAUUAAUAUUCAAGAACAAAGUUAAAUUUAGAUGUAUUGUACGAGUUUGGCUUGACAUUCGAAUGAGCAGCAUUUUAUAUUUUAGCUUUAUAAAAUUUAAAAUUUAAGUUUGGUUUGUUUUUUCUAAAUAUUUUAUGAAAUAAGCUGAAAUUUCUAAACUCUUUUUGAUAUAGUAAGAGAGAUUAAUAAAUUAGUUUAGCUGGUUUGACUUGGCGUCACUGUAUAUGGUAUUUUUAUGUUUUUCAAAUUACGUCUUAAAAUUUUUUUUUUAAUGUUAAUAAUUUGAAUGUUACAAAGAGAAGGACAGUUUGUUUAAUAUUCAUUCUUACAAAAUUUGUUAAUUUGUAAUAUUGUCAAGUGAUUUCCUUGACUUGUAAUUUUUCCUGACGACAACACGUAUUGUGGGAAAGAAUCCUAAUAAAUUUCGUAUUGAUAAUCGUGAACUGUCCAGUCGCCGCCACUUUAUAGACAAUACACGCGAUGAAGUCAAACAGAUGAAAGAGAAGAUGAGCUUUUAUCGUGCUCGGGAUAGAGAUAUAACAGCCCAUCAACCCUUAUUAGAUGAACAUAAUCAACAGGAACAACAACACCAGCAGCAACAGCACGAACUUAAUAUACAAAAUUCCAAUAAUUCCACAAAUAAUCAUAAUCAUCAUAUUACAAGUGAUUGCGCACAUUUGGUGGACUGCGAUAACAAUUUAACCGUCACGCAUUCUCUGCUGAACGGAGGUGUUGGGAAUAAUAAUAGUGGUGGCGGCGGCAGUAGCGUAGCUAGUACCCUAGUCGGGAGCAUGGCAGGCAAAUAUGGCGGUACUAAAUAUUCAAAGUUGGAAAAUGCUUUGGACAGUCCGGGCCAUUACAAUACAUUGGAUAGUCCGGCACAUCGUUUCAUCAGUGAAACGGUGUCCGUGCAACAGCGUAUGAUGCAAAAUCAAGAUGAACAAUUAGAUAUGAUAAGUGAUUCUAUUGGGACUCUGAAGACUGUAUCACGUCAAAUUGGCGUAGAAUUAGAUGAACAGGCAGUAAUGCUGGAUGACUUUGGCAACGAAUUCGAAACAACAGAUUCAAAAUUGGACUCAACCAUGAAAAAAAUGGCUAAAGUUUUACACAUGAAUAAUGAUAAGCGUCAAUGGGCAGCCAUAUUAAUAUUAUCAAUGUUUUUAUUAAUUGUGAUAAUUUUAUUUAUAAUUUUGUAAAUUAAUUUAUA